CGCGGAGGGAGAACUACACCCUUGGAAGCGAACAAAAGUUGUUUUCACCGUCGAGGUCAGAGCUGUCAAAAAAGGAAAAUAUGAGCUGCCGUCUGCAAGUGGCGUAAUGACAACAGGAGCAGAUGUACGAAUAUCAUCUUGAAGACGUAGGCAGAAACAAGGCUUUACACCUUUGAGAUUAAAAAUGGUUCAAGAAACAGAAAAUAAUAGUCGCCAGGCUAUUAAUUUGCUGUUUUGCGAGAAAAUGGGAAAGAGUCGGAAAAGUCAGCUAGAAGCUUUGAACCAUGUCCCGUGCAAAGAUUCAAAAGAAAAGACACAGUUCGACCUAUCGAAUGAACAUUUGGUUGAAAAAUUAAGAGAAAUCUUGAAGCAGUUGAUAGCACCAAAAGUGGACAAUUCUAUAAGUGCUCAGAGGGAUAAAGCCAUCUCUACUAUUCGCUGCCUAACACAUUUUUAUAACUGUAAUCCUUCAACUUACGCCACUGCAGUUAGCUGUAUGGACAGAUUUCUAGCAAAAGUCAAGGUCCAAUCAAAGUACUAUUCUUGCCUUGCAACAGCCUGUUUUUAUCUAUCCAGCAAAUUUCAUGAGGAAAAUGAGGAUGUUCCAUCAGCAACAGAGUUAUCUAGCUUGAUGCAGCAUGCCUGGAAAUCCUCCGAUUUGAAGAGAAUGGAGACGGUUGUCAUGCAGAAGCUUGAUUGGAAACUGUGGGUUGAGACUUGCCCCUCUCUACUUAAGACUUUAUGUGAUAUUAUUUGUACAACAACUAAGGUGCUAGACCACCAAUUUCUUUCUCGACUUGUCCAGAAGUUUGAGAUUUGCAUCAACUACAGCUCAUGUGCAAUAUACUCUACUGCCUGUUUGGCCCUCAGUUUACUUCAACAUGGUCUGCAGGAGAAAGGAUUACUGAAUAAUGCAAUGAAUCAGAGUUUAUUUAAUCUUCAUAACAUAUGCCAGAUUUCUGAUGCUGAAUUUUAUGAAUGCCAUCAUGCAGUGUCACAGGUGCUUGAUAACUAUAGAAAUAGUCCCAAGAGUCACCCAUCCUGUCUCCCAAUGCCUAAACCUUUCCUUCGACCCAAUCUUGUGUCCCGUCCUAGUCUUUAUGGAGACUCUGAAUUACCUGCCAUUGAAGAAGACCCCUCUGUGGAUCUUUUAGUCAGCAAGACUGAAAGUGAAUAUGAAGAGAUAAGCGUCAGCAGUCAAAAGUUUGUGUUUGGAGGCCACAGUUGGAGUACCUGUAUUUUACCUCAGAAAUGUGCCACAUGCAGCCUGGAAUAAAUGUGCAAUAUUCAAAAUAUUAACAGCUUUAUUAGCUCAGAUUGAGCCUAGGAGUUAGGAGAUGUUUUAUUAUAUUAGUAAAAUUUAAAUUAUCUAUUUUUACAUAUACGAAUUUUUUUUUCUGCAUGAAUGGAAAAAAGAACAAAUGUUUGCAGAAACAAAAAGUACUUUAGAUUCAUUAUUUUGUUAUUUGUUUUAAUCUGUGUGACUGUUAUUUAAAUGUAAAUUAAUUUUAAGUUUUGUAUGAUUGGAUAAAGGGUCAAACACUAGAGAACUGGCAUGGUUAGAUCAAAAGUAUAUUGUUUGUUGUUUUUUUUAUUUAAUUUGUAUUUUUAAAAUUCCUGUGUGUGUCUGUGUACAGUUGGAAGUUAAAAAGUGUAUAAUUCAAAUCAAAUAUACAAUCUUGAAAUCCACUGGUGACCUGCCAAAGUAACAUUUAUUUUAUCUAUGUUUUAAUUUGUAUUUGUGUUUUAGUGGGUAUAUUAAAGUAUUAAAUGUAUAAGUAUGUAUAUGAAAAGAAAUUUAUAGUAUACCGGUACAUGUUUAUUUCCUAGAAUUGGUGCAAAUAAAUUAUUUUUUUAAA